AAUUUUGUCGCGUUUACCGAUAGUUUUCGAGAGCAACCGCGAAACCGCUGUGACACUCGCAGUGACAAGGGACCGAAGAGCUUUCCGAGGGUGACAGACACGGUGCGUCAGGUGAACGGACCCUUUUGUGUUCGGUGACGGGAUUGAGAGAGUCGCGGAUAAGGCGGCAAUUUUCCGAGAAAUCCGCCGGGAGAGCCGAAGGAUAUGAAACGCGCGUGAAAAAGAGGAGCCAAGGAGGAUCUCCUGUAACGACGACGCGCCGGCCUGAAAUAACAGCGGGAAUGCGCGCACAGUGAAUCAGCUCUCGUUCGUUCCGCAGCGGACGCGAACUCUCCUCUCGGCAGUGACUCCAGCGCACGCAUUUCCUCGCCCCCAGCCCUCCCACCUCUCUCGUCCUCAACCCUUUCUCGGUCAACGCGGUGCAUCGUCGGGUGCGGUGUUCGCGAUCGGCGCCGGUGUCCGUCAGGGUGAGAAAGAGAGAACCGGGGGAGCUUCCUGAGAGCGGAUUGAGAAAAGCCAGAAGCGCCAGAGGCAUCGCGCAGGCAGGAGCCGCAGCCGAAGGAGGGGCCGAGGGGAGUUUUCGGGACGCUGUCGAAGGAGUUUUCUCGGAAAAGAGAUCGCGAGCGUCGCAAUAUAGAAGUCACCCAUGCCGCGAUUACACUAACUACGUAUGCCCGGUGUCGAGCGAGUCGAAAUGGCGACGAGGAUCUGCAUAAUCUUCGGGAUCCUCGCUAUCCUGGGCGUCGGACUUGCGCAAGGGCGGAACGUUCGGCUAGUAGAUGUAAUUAAUCCCGACGUUGUGGUGUCCGUGGGCGAGAAGCUUGCUCUGCGCUGCCAAAACUUGAACGGCGAAACGACGUGGUAUAAGGACGACGAAGCGUUGCGCAAGUUGACCAGCAGGAUACGCGUGACCAAGCAGUUUGUGAAAUUCAAGUACGUCGAGACGGAGGACACGGGCGUCUACGGCUGUAGAUUAACGUCGAACGACACGAUCGAGUGGAGGAACGUAACCGUGCGCGUCGAGAAUCUGCAGAACGACGGCUUCGAGAACGAAGACGAGGACAAGAGCGGCGUGAUAAGUGCGCUGAGACCGGAAGACGGGAGCAACGAUCUCGAGACCGAGACCAGAAACUUGCCGGAGACGCGGUCGUUGCAGCUGGACAGCGAGAAUUUGAACGCGGACCUGGACGAGAGGAGCGAGCACGACGCGGAGUACGAGCACAACCACAGGAUCCCGGAAAGCCCACCCUCGUUCAACAAGAGCGAGGACAUGCACCCGCUGACAGUGAAGCCCGCCGGCAGCACGAUGCGAUUGAAGUGCCCGAGCGUGGGCAAUCCCACGCCGAACAUCACGUGGCUGAAGAACAACGAGGAGCCAAAGCGGGAUCUCGGUACCGUGAUCCGAAGCAAGUGGACCCUGAGGCUGGAGGAUCUCGUUACCAAGGACAACGGCAAUUACACGUGCAUCGUGUGCAAUUAUCUCGGAUGCAUCAACUAUACCUUCAUAGUCGACAUUAUCGAGACAGUACCGCAUCGACCGAUCCUGACGAGGCCGCCGCGCAACACCACGGUGAUUAUUGGAAGCAACGUUAGUAUGAACUGCCAAGUGCUAUCCGAUGCACAUCGUCAUCUCGAAUGGUAUCAUGGUUUUCAUACCUCUCUCGACACCGUCAACAAGACCAAUCAGAGCUUACGGGUGGAGGUCAAGGCUGGAAUGGAGGCAGAAAAUCCGGAGGAGCUGAAGCUGUAUAACGUUACUGAAAAGGACGAAGGCUGGUACACCUGUAUCGCCCAGAACACUUUAGGGGAAACGUUUAGCAGUGCUUAUCUACGUGUAGUCGAAACGCUGGACGAGCAGAAAGUACCACUAGCCGCGAGACCGCAGAUCUUGAUAAACGUCCUGGCGGCCAUCCUGUGCGUAUUCUUUGCCGUGGGUGUCGUCGUGGUAAUAUACAUCUUCCAUCGACUGAAACGCGAGAAGAUGAAGAAGCUGCUCGCGAUAGAAACGGCGCGAGCAGCGGUCGUCACGCAGUGGACCAAGAAGGUGAUUGUGGAGAAGCAGAAAUUGGUGAACGCGCAGAACGCGAUCGAAGAGGAGCUGCUGAUGCCGGUGGUGAAGAUCGAGAAGCAAAAGUCCACCGUCAUCGCCGAGGACAACACCAGCGACAACGUGUCCGAGUACGAGCUACCGUUGGACAGCGCUUGGGAACUGCCGAGGGAAUAUUUCACGCUUGGGAACACCUUGGGCGAAGGAGCCUUCGGCAAGGUCGUCAGGGCUGAGACGAACAUCGGUAAACCCGGAAUACCCGGCGUCGUGGCGGUAAAAAUGUUGAAAGAGGGUCACACGGAUACCGAGAUGAUGGAUCUAGUUUCGGAGAUGGAGAUGAUGAAGAUGAUUGGCAAGCACGUGAACAUCAUCAAUUUGCUGGGUGCCUGUACUCAGAACGGUCCUCUGUACGUCGUGGUGGAGUUCGCACCUCACGGCAAUCUACGAGACUUUCUCCGAGACCACAGACCCACUUCGGGGUACGAACCGACUAUCGGACAAGAGCCGAAGGAACGGAAGACCCUCACGCAAAAAGAUCUGGUCUCGUUCGCGUACCAAGUGGCGCGUGGGAUGGAGUAUCUGGCCAGUAGGAGGUGUAUACAUAGAGACUUGGCGGCUAGGAACGUCCUCGUCAGCGACGAAUACGUGCUCAAGAUCGCUGACUUCGGUCUUGCCAGAGACAUUCAUUGCCACGAUUACUACAGGAAGACAACGGACGGACGGUUGCCGGUCAAGUGGAUGGCCCCAGAGGCUCUGUUUCACCGCGUUUACACCACUCAGUCCGACGUAUGGUCGUACGGGAUCCUGUUGUGGGAGAUCAUGACGCUGGGCGGCACGCCUUACCCAUCCGUACCGUCGGUCGAGAAGUUAUUCCAGUUACUUAGAACGGGCCAUCGAAUGGAGAAGCCGCCCUGCUGCUCGAUCGAAAUAUACAUGCUCAUGAGAGACUGUUGGAGUUAUCAGCCGAACGAAAGACCGACGUUCGUCGAACUGGUCGAAGACCUCGACAGAAUAUUAACGAUAACGGCGAACGAGGAGUAUCUGGAUCUCGGCCUGCCUCAGUUGGACACGCCUCCGUCCAGCCAAGAGUCCAGCGAGACGGAAGAGGAAGGCGAAGAGAAAUUUCCAUAUCUGCUGUGAGCCGUGUACUCGCCGCGAGAAAUGCCACUUAAAUCUCGCAUAGACGACGUGUACGAGAUAACCGACUCGCGAGCGUAAUAAACUAUCAGCGAGAGCGAGUUGAGUGGACAUGAUAGGAAAUAAAGAGACGAGGAGUCUGAGCGUGAGAGAUCAUACGCGGAGGAUAACCGACUGAACAAGCGAACACGCCAAAUAAAAUAAAUCAGUAUUGACCUGUGUGUAGCGCGUAGAAUUAAGGAGAGUGCGUUAAUGGAGCGGCAGCGUGUGUCAAUAAGAUUUGCGUACCAGCAAAGCCUGUGUCGUUAUUAUUUGUCGCGGAUUGGACAUACGUUAGGGUUUAGGAUCAAGGCGAAGGAACGUGCGACGAGCGAAAACUGAAAGAACACUAUCUUUUGCUGCGCCCUUGAACACAAACAGCGGAUUUGUAUAUCGCUUAUACAGAUCUUAUAGAUAUUAGUAGAUGUAAUAAUUGUGCCAUGAAUCAGUGCCUUGCAAAAAGGUAUCGAAUGACAAUAAACGACGAGAUAAGUUAACGCGACGGGGAUAUUCGUCCAUAUGUUGGAUCGCGAACGGAUAUCAAACGAGAACAUGAUAUUGUGUUUUGUAACUAGUCAACUGUGGAAAUUGUACGUUUUUCUGUAUUAUAGUAGCCAGUAGACUCUUAGCGUUUUUACGCGGCUAGCAUUAGCGGACGGCGAUCGUAGAUUUUGUAUGGCGGGCAGCAAGUUUUGUAAUAAUGUUUUGUAAAAAGGGGAAAGACGGUUCGGACACGGUAAGAGUGAAUUGUGAAAAGAAGCGAACAUCGUUUCGAAAAGAAAGUCCAAAGUAUCGCUAUAAGUUUUGUAGCUGUAUUAGGUAUCGUUCGCGAUAUGUGUAUAAACGGGAGAAAGGCGCUUAGAGAUAGAUAAUUUAUUUCUUCAUAUAUCAAUGUCCUUCAAGUAUACACGCGUCUUCGAGAUCUUUCUUUUAUACAUAAUCUUAAGUUACAUCGCUCGAACGACCCUUUUUGUAAAAAAUGAUAAUAUAGAUUCACUUGGUAGAGAGUAGUUUUAUAAUUCGCGACUUGUACAUAUGCAAAAUUUAAAGUUUAUUUGUUAUCUAAAAGUAGAGUAAUUACUGGUAAAUUAGCGUUUACCUGAGAUACUUGGAUUCUAUGUAUAAACCGUGUAAAGGAAUCGUCAUCACGAUAUAAAUCUCUCAUCUCGAUCUUUAUUAAAAUAAAACAAUACUUCGCACUUUUA